AGUAUAUAGCUGAAAUUCAUACCGAAAACAUCUCAAGACAACAUUAAAUAACUUUCUAAGAAGUUAUGGGAAAUAAAUCAAGUAAGACAAAGAAGAACAGAGAUCAAGAAGAACCAGUUAAAAAGAGAGAUAAAAAAGGGAUUAAGAAAGAACGACCUUUAAGCGAAUCUGCAGUAUCAGAAGUUAGUAAUCCUUCAAGAAGAAACCCUAUCGUAAAGGAAGAACCAGCGCCUGAUUAUAAUGGAAUGAAUAGAAAAGAUAUAGAAGAUUUAUAUGAACAAAGUAUAAAAAAAGUGUUAGCCAUAUGGCCCGAGUACGAUUGCCUUAUGGAUAUCAAUACGUCGGCUUUAGAUUUGAGUUUAGUGAAAACUAUGCAACAAAUAUUUAAUCGAAUAGCUGAAAAACGUCGAAGAUAUAUUCAAUACUAUAAAGAAGACAUUGCCUUAUUACAGGAUGAUAUCGUUAAACAUGGUUAUAGUCUGCCCAAAAACUUUGAACCUAUUCAAGAAGAUGAUCUACUACACAAUGACGAUUCUGAAGAGGAUAUUCAAAAGGAGGAAGUUCUUCGUAGAUUAAGAGAUAAAAAAAUUUUUAAACCGACCUUUUCUCCAAUUGAAUCGGAUGUAAGAGAUGUAAAGAGGACACCGAGUCUUAAAGUUUCGAUGGCAGCCCAGGCAGCUGCUGUAGCCAGACAUUCUACAUCCGGUAAAAUUGAAAUGAACUUACACGAAAAGAUUAAAAGAUUGCAAAUGGAAUUAGAUAGGGAAAAGGAUGAAAAUAAAAUAUUAAACGAAAAAUUAGAAACUAUGAGGAGUUAUCAUUCUCCGAAAAAGAAUAUAGAUAAUAAUAAUUUAACGAAAUUGAAAGCGAAAUAUGAUCAACUACAAGAGUUUUCCAAUAAGUUUAAUGACUCAAAGGCUUCCCAAAUGAAACAGUAUCCACCUGUCGAAGUUUUAGAGGAAGCAGCCCGUUUUCUCAAGGAAACAGCUCACAAUAUUCAAAUUUCUACUCUAGCCGAGGAUACCAUAGAUAUACUUCUCAAAAGUCAUCCAGAAUGCAUGAUAUCACCAAUAAUGAACCAUUCAUCGUUUACCGAUUUGUUACACAACUCUGUUCGCCUAACAUGGCAGAUGGUUACAUCCGAUCCACCAUUAUAUAUUGAUGCCUCUAAGAGACGCUACGACCCUGAAGGACACAUAUCUAUCAAUGAUCUCGACAAUCCGGAUAGAGAAUACUACGUCGAUUUUUACCAAUGGCCUAUUCUACUUAGUCAUAAGUAUGGACGAGUUCUGAGUAAAGGUCGAGUUGUUCUAAGCGAUUAA